AGCCAUUUUGGCUCAAGUGUCCGCGCGUGUCUGCUCGCUGUGCGCGCUGGUGGGGUUCCCCCCCUCGCCAGCGUUCCCUCUCGCGGCGCGCGCACGUCGGGCCAGCCGUUGGCAGGCCGGCACCCUGCCAGUCCUGGUGAGCGGGCCUCCGCGGCGCGAGCCAUGGCGCUCCAGGACCCGCUCCUGGAGGAGGGCGGGAGGUGGGCGCCGGAGGUCGACAGGAUCUACGAGGAAGGCGGGCAGGUCCCACCGGGAGCGAAUCCGCCGAGCUUCAGACCGACGCCUUUGGGAUUGAAUUUCACCAUGGGCCCAGGGCUCCGGUGGGUCAGAGCAGCGACGGUCUUCACACUUGUCAUGUGGAUGCUCGUCAUGCCUAUCGUGUACACCCAGUUGACAUGCGACCCCGAGACGCUCGACGCUCAUGCCGCAAAGCACCCCAUGUGGGUCUGGGCCAUCUUGCUCGUGUUGUCAGUUGUGGUCGUACUCGCGGAAGCGAAGGCCCUGAUGUAUUGCAUGCGGCCGUUCAAAGAGUCACGGAGGGAUGCUGGCUUGACAGAGGCCCGACUCGGCAUACUCGGCAUUUUCAAAGUCAGCGAUACGAAGUACAUCCUUUUUAGGUUGUUCUCGACAUUCGUGAACGUGUUCUUCGGCUUGUAUGUCUUUGGCCUCAGCAUGGUGCAGUCAGCAGGGGAUCAGCUCUGUCGCGGCACGACCCUCUGGCAUUUCGCGUGGGAUGCGACGAUGUUGCAAUCAUGGUUUUCGUUCAUCUCACUUUUCUUCUGGGACAAGGUGGGAAACCUUACGCACUGCUAUUUUGCAUGUGUGGUUCUUCUGUUCAUAUCUUUCCCGAGGGCGCUGCUUCGUUCCAUCCCGGCACCUUUGCGAGCCGACGAAACCAUGGAGAGGGAAACCACAUGUUGUUUCAUUUGGAUACUUCGGGUUUGUAGGGACGCCUGGACGCCAACGCCACCAGUCGACAUGGCUGUCAAGGCAGUGUACGACAUGGAAUCUGAGAACUGGAAGGAGAAAUUCAGACGAGAAGUAGAUUCGGGCAACAUAGACGAGCCGCAGACCAAAAAGAAGUUCGUACAGAUGCAGCGGCGCUUGAUCCUCGUCCUCGAGGCGGCACUCCGGCAGACGUACGGCCACACCGUUAUGAGAGGCGGCGUCAUCCUCAAUCUGCAGGUGACGCAGUUCUAUCUCCACAGGGCAGUCAUGUUGCACACCAUGAACACUAUUUAUAUGGACCACCCGACGCUUUACUCAAUCUUGUUCACGGUUGGAUCUGUGGUAGUGUUCGAUUUGAUGAUCCAGUUGAGACAAGCUUUACACAUGUAUUGUCAAGUGAUGUGGACCAUCCGCAGCAAGGUUUCUGGUGGUACGACGCUUGAGUCGAUAGGCAGUUCUUGUAAGCAAGACAAGAAGACGAUUAAUUUGCUCAUGAUGUAUGUGAUAGUUUGGGCAGUCAUUGGUUACUCGCUUUUCGCAUACGCCGUCCUCAAGCUGUACAUGUCGCUGAUGGCUUGCCCAGGUGAAGGUUACAAUUUGGGCAGUUGCGCGCCGAUUCCUUGGGACUGCUUGAACACCACACUGCAUCCCGACAAGGUAGGCUGCAUCCGGAACGCUGUAUAAUCUCAGGCGCAUGCCUGCCAGGGAGUCUGAUGUGAACCAGUGUGAAUCAUGGUGGCGUGCGUCCCACUUCUCCUGCCCACUCCGCCUUGAUUGUCUUCUGCCCACUCCUCACAAAUUCAUCCUUCAUCCCUGGAUUCGUCCUCUCACUCCACUGCUAUUUGCAAGCCGACAGUUCACCAGAGAAUAGACGGGCAGCGAAGGCGCCGCGCAGUACACCGCGAGUUGUUCGCACGACCUCUGGCAGCAUGGGUUCACAGUGUGCUGCGCACGGGGCCUCGGGGAUCGUGGCAUUCUUGCCAAGCUGAACCUGUCGAGUAGUUAGAUUGUGAGUUUUGUCGGCGCUCGUGCUGAUAGCGUCCCAAUCCCGCUUGGAACCCACGAGGUCUCGCGAGCCCCCCCCCCCCGCCCCCUGCGUCCUCGGCAGCAGCACGGCCGCUGCCGAGAGGGAGUGCCCUGAGCUGACGGAGUGCAUCUGCCAUUCUGACCCUUGCUAUUCGUCGCGGAGCGGCUUGAGCUUGCCCGCUGCAGAUCGGUUUGUGCGGCGCCGUUUGAUCGCCCGACGACCUUUUCAAUCGCAGUUUUGUUGCGGCUUGCUUGCGCAUAAAA